GGUGCCCGGUGGGUCGGUCCCUGCGUGUCCAGCGGGCGCCGGGGGAUCUGGCCGGCUCCGGCCCUGCCUGGUUAAAGAUUAAGGAGGUUCCCGUAAAUCAGCCGGGGUGCGAGGGCAGCCGGGGGGGGACGGACAGGGCGGUUCUGGGGGCAGCCGAGGGGGCGGGAUGUGGCACCGCGUCCCGCUCUGCCCCCGUCAGGCACCCGCUGGACGGGGGGGCGGCGCUCCUGUCACCCGCCGCCACCGGGAACCCCGGGUGACGGGUGUCCCCGGCCGUCCCAGACCCGUCUGCCCGUCCCGGGGGUGCGGCCGGAGAACCUCGUCCCGCCCGCCCCGGGGCGUGAUCCUGCGGAGCCCGUCCCCGUGGCACCGGGCACCGAUCACCAUGGCCGUGAGGAUCGCCAAGGACGAGCCUACGGAGGGGUGUUUUGGGGUGCAGCCCCGUCCCUGGAGGCGUGUCCCGGACGGCCCCAGCCACCCUUCGCCCGUCCCGCAGGAGCUGGAGGAGGUGCGGAGCUGGAAGGGGGCCCGCGACGUGGGGCCGCGGGACCGGAACGUGCGGCGCUGGGAGGGGCUGCUGCUGCCCAACACCCCCCCGUACAACAUGGGUGCCUUCCGCUUCGAGCUGACCUUCUCCCCGCACCACCCGCUGGAGCCCCCCCGUGCCACCCUCCACACCCCCAUCUACCAUCCCGGCGUGGACCGCGAGGGUCGCGUCUGCCAGCCCCUCACCACCCACGAGCACUGGGCACCCACCACCCGCGCCAUCCAAGUGCUGCAGGACCUGCUGCUGCUGCUGGACAGCCCCGACACCCAGCGGGUGCUGCGGCCGGACCUGGCCCGCAAACUGCAGGAGCACCCCGAGGAGUUCUGGUGCUGGGCACAGGAACACACCCGGCUCCACGCCGAGCCGCGCCCCGACCCCCCCGGCCCCUGAGCCCCCCACCCGGGGGAACCCCGGCUUCCCCCUCCUUCCCUAUGCCAGCCGGGGCUGGCCCUGGCAUCACCCCGCCUUGGCGCUGGACCUUGGGCAUCGGGGUCCCCUCUGGCACCGUGAAGGGCGUCCUGCCCCCCCCACAAGAGCUGGCCCCCUACAAGAGCUGCCCCCCCGUACAUAAGGCAAUAAAUUUGCUCCAGCACCU